UCCUGCACAGACGUGGUCCAAUCCAACACUACAAGGUCCAGGAGACAACAACCCAGGUCCACCAACACCUCCCCCGGCCCUGGAACCAUGCCUUAAGAAGGAAGGAGACGGUGUGCUCCAGAGUUGCAGAGUCCCGGACCCGGAGCAGAGGAUGAACCGGGCGAGCGUUGCCUGUCCUCCUUUGCACAGUGCCCGAGACCGCAGUCAGGACGCACCCCGGGGCCGCUAAAAGCUGCUCUGUUGACCCCCGCACCUCCCUGGAUGGACCUGGAAUCGGUGCGGACGCUCACCUAGAGCCGGGCGAGGGCUGCGGGAGGAUCCGUCGCUGUGUGUGUUUUGGCUCUCUCUCUCUCUCUCUCUCUCUGCCUUCUGGUCCAAGCGGUGGAGUCCUUUCUCCCUCUCUGCCUCUCUGCUAUCCCCCGGUCCAAGCGGUGGAGCCCUUGCGGCUGAAGAGCGGGCUGCGGAGCGGAGCUGGACCAGUGGGGAAGGAUGCGCCCACACCGCCGGGAGCCAGCCCCCGUCCCCCGGCGCUGCCCCUGAACCGGCCGAGGGCAGCGGGCAGGCUGCAGCGAGCCGCGUCUCUGCCCCCACCGUCCCCGGCCCCGGCGGCUCCGUUCUGAGCCCGGGACAUGGCCGCGGCUCUCGCCAGCUCUCUGAUCCGGCAGAAGCGGCAGGCGAGGGAAAACAACGCGGACCGGGUGUCGGCCACCAAGCGCCGGAGCAGCCCAAGCAAAGCCAAGAAGUCCCUGUGCGAGAGGCACGGCCUCGGCGUCUUCUCCAAAGUCCGCUUCUGCAGCGGCAAGAAGAGGCCGGUCCGGAAGAGAACAGACCCCCAGCUGAAAGGUAUAGUGACGAGGUUGUUCAGCCAACAGGGCUACUAUCUACAGAUGCAGCCGGAUGGCACCAUCAACGGCACAAAAGACGAAAACAGUAAUUACACUCUGUUCAACCUGAUUCCUGUGGGACUGCGGGUAGUGGCCAUACAAGGAGUGAAGUCUGGCCUCUAUGUGGCCAUGAACGGUGAAGGUCUUCUCUACAACUCGGAGCUUUUCACAGCAGAGUGCAAGUUCAAGGAGUCCGUGUUUGAGAACUAUUACGUCAUCUACUCCUCCACAUUAUACCGGCAGCAGGAGUCCGGCAGAGCCUGGUUCCUAGGACUCAACAAGGACGGCCAGGUCAUGAAGGGUAACCGUGUAAAGAAAACCAAGCCAUCUUCCCAUUUUCUACCCAAACCAAUCGAAGUUUGCAUGUACAGGGAGCCUUCACUGCACGAAAUCGGGGAUAAAGCCGUGCGCUCACGGAAAAGUUCGGGAACGCCAACCAUGAACGGAGGCAAGGUCGUCAACCAGGAGGAAAGCACAUAGCAGGAGAACGGGGGGCAGGGAAUCUGAACUAGACCACAGGCACUAUUUACAUCAAACAAAGCAAAACUGCAUACUAUAAAAUCCAGAAGGGAGGAUCUUUAUGAACACGUGAGUCCUCAACAUUAACUGAUGAAGCCAUUGCCUGGAAGAGAAUAAUUAAAUCAGGACUUGAUUUUCAUUGUUUCCUCAUGCAGAACUCUCCACGUGUGUGGUAAACUCAGCUACGAAACGUUAAAUAAUAAAAAACUUAAGUUACCCUGCA